UUUCACAGUUCAGACAGAGGCACAGAAUCAUUGAGAGAGUUUCUGAAAAAUAUGGAUGAGGGAAUGUCAGGCUUUUGUAUUAGAAAUGGAAGUGUUCGUGGCAGUAGUGGUACAAAAUGUGGGCGUUGGAAUCCAACUACUGAACAAGUUAAGGUUCUGACUGAACUUUUCAGUUCAGGACUCCGUACACCAAGUACUGAUCAGAUUCAAAAGAUUUCUAAUCAGCUUAGUUUUUAUGGUAAGAUUGAGAGUAAGAAUGUUUUUUAUUGGUUUCAAAAUCAUAAGGCUAGGGAAAGACAGAAGCGUCGUCGUAAGGUGUCGUCAUCAUCAGAUGACGAUGAUGAUAGUAAUAAGGAUGUGUUUCGUCGAGCAAAUGUUAUGUCGGUUAAUUCUUCUACACAAAAUUUUGCUCAGGUCUAUAAGGUUUCAGAGCCAAAGAGGGUGAUGGAGACACUAGAGCUCUUUCCCUUGAACUCAUUUGGUGAAUCAGAGUCAAAGAAUUUGAGGGUCUAUGCAAAUGAAUGCAGGGAUAAUAUGUUUUCAUACACAAUGAGGGAACAAAUGGAUCACCCACCAUUAGAUCUUUGUUUGAGUUUUAUGUAAUCUUGGAAUUAAUCUUUUUUGUAGGCUGUG